AUGCCAAGUCCACCACCCAACGUCAUUAUCGGUGAGCCGACAGCAAACCAAAACCCAUACAGGCACCAGGGCGCCUAUGUGAUACGUCGACCAUCACCCUCGUCACUACCACAACCUAAUACGAUUUCCGACGAUAUUAAAAAAAGUUACAUGAGACAACAACUUCCCGUUAGAAACCAGAGCUUGGCUGCAGCUGCAACGGCUGCCAAGGCCGUUAACAUUCUUUAUGACAUGCGUUCGCCUACUAACCCAGCUCCAAAUUCAUCUGCUACUACUACUACCACUACCACUGCCACUACCACCACCACUACCUCUACUACCACCAGUGCUACACGACAUCCAAGUAACGCAAGUGAUGAAUCGGCUGAUAGUAACUGCCCAGCAACACCGCCAUCAUUAUCAACAACAACCUCGACACCAUGUCGCACUAAAUCGCCGUCUUUUUUUGCCAGCCUUGCCGAAAAACGACGAGCUAGGAAAAACAAUGAAGCCGCUGCAGCAGCGGCGGCGGCAGCAGCAGCAGCAGCAGCAGCCUCAUCAUCUUCUUCUUCUGCUGCCAAUGGUGGAUCGACUACGACGACUACAUCACCCACACCCAUCAAUACCAAAACGCAACAUCCACUUGAAGAAGGUGGAAAAGAGCAGAUGGACCCAACGGUGGCACGAUCCAAUUCAUCAUCCAGUCAAAACCACGAGUGGAAUUCAUUGCACGAAUACGUAUCAUCGGAUGAUGAUGACGAUGAUGAUGAUUACACGACACCACAAAGAAAACAAAGCACAGCAACAACAGAGAGCAACCAUAUAGCGCUGGCCGCACAAGCUCCAUUAGCUGCUGUAUCACCUAUGGCUUACGAGACUGAAGACCAACAAAACGAGUUCUUUUCACAUUACGGGUUAUCCACAGGCCAUGUCGACUCGGCACUUUUGUCUCAUGUUGCCCGAGAAAUGUAUAAUCGAAUUAUGCCAGAUGACGUCGUGCGGGAUGGUGUCGAAUAUCAUUACUUGUUCACUGGCAAGGAAGCGGUGGAUCGUCUCGUCGAGAUCAUCCACGGCAAUGACAACCAACACGAUCGCAAUCGCGCCCUGAUGAUUGGUCGCUCGCUUGAAGCUCAAGGACUCUUCCGAGAUAUUGACGGUGAACAUCGGCUACGAGAUGACACGAGCGAAUUGUAUCGAUUUGAAGCACCCACCAUUGACCGUGCCAAAGAAGGUGGUAGUGAUGCCAACUUGGCCACAGGUGUCUUUACCGCAUUGACGCCUUGUUACUCGCCCACAUGUAACAGUGGCACGCCAUGUUACUCACCCAAUUGUCCAGGCACCAUGCGCAAGGUCAUCAAGCGUUCGGCAAGCCAAUCAUCGUUACCCGACAAGGAGAAUACACGCGCUUUAUGGAUUCAUUCUGUUCCCAAAGAUGUGGUUGCAGCAACGCCACCCGAAGAACGAAAACGUCAAGAGUGUAUAUACGAGCUUAUUUAUACCGAAGAGGACUUUUCCAAAGACCUUGAUUAUGUACAUAACCACUAUGUAAUCCCUCUAAUGACUACCGACAUCCUGAGCCAAGGCACAGAACGACGUGAACAAGUGGUGCAGCAAAUCUUUUGGAAUCUCGCUGAUAUUCGUCGAGUCACCACGGGAUUCACUUAUGCACUCUCCAAGCGACGAAAGCAACAGGAUUUGGUGGAUACCAUUGGUGACGUGAUGAUGUCUUUUGUUCGGCAAUUCGACCCCUAUAUUUCUUAUGGUGCUCAUCAAGUGAUUGGCAAGCAUAACUUUGAGCUCGAGAAGCGACGCAAUCCACGAUUUGCUCAAUUUGUCAGCCAAACCGAGCGUAAGCCUGAAUCUCGACGACUUGAAUUGAAUGGUUACCUCACCAAGCCAACUACACGCCUCGGCCGAUACAACUUGUUGUUGCGAGAGAUUUUGAAACGCACCCCUGAGGGCAAUCCCGAUCUCGAGAUCAUUCCACAAGUCAUGGAGCAAAUCACCCAUUUGUUGGAGCAAGUCAACAGUGAAACAGGUCGCGUGGAACGUGCAUUUACCUUGCGGCAAAUUGAUGAGCGUAUGAUCUUCAAAUCAACAAGCAUCUUUACGGAUUUAAAGUUGCAGGAUCCUGAGCGGCAAUUACUGAUGCAGGGACGCUUGAAGCGCAAGGGCAAUAGUUCUUCAGAUUCAUCCGAGAUGCAAGUAUUCUUGUUUGAUCAUUAUCUGGUGUUGAGCAAAACCAAGAUGCAAAAUCAUCUUGAACAUUACAAGGUGUCUCGUAAGCCUAUUCCAUUGGAUGUGCUUUCAUUGUCCGUUGUUGAUGUUCAACCCCAAGGUCGUCAUAACAAGCCAACAGCCUCAUCCUCGUCACCUGGUAAUGGUGGUGUUAUUUCACCAAGACCUUCAACUUCAGCAUCCACAGCACAAACAGCUACAACGCCUGUUUCGGCUGAUUCUUCAUCAACCCCGACUCCUUCCAUGAAAUCAUCUCAAUCCAUGACAACGACCAGCACCACGGCAACCAACAACUCUACUACUACAUCUUCAUCUUCCUCUGGACCUGUCCCUCCUCCCACUGCAACCAUCCCAACAUCAAGUGCAAUUGGAAGUUAUGGCAUCGUCUUUUAUCAUCAUGGUCGUGGUGGAUCACCCCCUGUAACCCUGUAUACAAGCAAUGCAGCUACUCGUCAAUUGUGGGUCGACAAGAUCUUGGCACAAAAGGAAGUGUAUCAGUUACGAUUGGUCGAAAGUGAUUCUGCUCGCAAGACAAGCAUUUCUCAAGAUGAAUAA